UGUGUUUGGCCUUAGGCUACAUUCCCCAUCAAAGGCAAAGAGACCCUGUUGACACUUUCCUGGUGAGUAAAUCAGUCAUGAGAGCAACAUAUUUCUUUCCCGAGAAACAUACAGAAAGCUGAGCACUGGAAAUUAGGACUCCAGGGUUUCCCAGAGUUCAGCAUAUUCUUGAAACAAAGGUAUUCAGACUCCAUCCUACUUUCUCCCUUGCCUGCCUGUGCAGCUCUCCAGUCUCAUCGUACUGCUUCUGUCCACCAUUAUCCUCUUUCCCAGUUACGGAUGCAGAAGCACCACAGUGAGCAGGGGCAAAAGGACCUUUCACCCUGUCCCUGUGCACCCACUUGUGUACUGGACCCUCUAUAGCUGACCAGUGAUGAGUUGGUCCAUCCUAGCUGCAGACAUUUUCUCUUUUACAAAAUGUGAAUGAGCACCUGAAACGCUCAGGAUGUGUGAUUGGGUUGGCCUGCAACAAGCCCAAUUGCCCCAACUUCAAAAAAUCCACAAGCCCAUGAUGCAAACCCUUGAAGAAGCCUCCAACCGCAGCACCUGGAAUAGCUCAGCUCUGCCCAGCAAUGGCAGACUGGCCCCUAGAAGGGAAUAUUUUUCUGGCUUUCAAGUACCUACCAUGGAGCGAGCUCCAGUAGAAGAGGAUUGCUUUUAAACAACUCGCGCCUGCUGUGUCGUGUCUGGAGUUGGAGCCUGAACGGAACUGCUGGGAGGGCAUGUGUGACAGGAGCCGCAGUUGCAGGUUGGAGGGUGCUGGAUGCCCCAGCUCUUGAGGCCUUGCCAGUGUCAGCAGAGCGUGCACAAGCCCACCCCACCAAGCAGAUUGACUCAGCCCAGCCAUCCUGCGCAGCAUGUCCCUCCGUGAGCACGCACUGUCCCUCUUCCGCAGCGCAGUGGGCACUGUCCAGCCGGCCCCGAUGCUGAAGAGGGCUGUGAAACUCCAGGGAGAUGGAUGCCCUCAGCUGCUGGUGAAGGGCCAGGCCUUUCCAGUGAAGAGGGACCUGUACCUGGUGGGUUUUGGCAAAGCUGUGCUGGGGAUGGCCGCAGCAGCAGAAGAGAUCCUGGGAGACCACCUCGUUCGGGGGGUCAUCAGUGUGCCACUAGGCAUCCAGGAGAGCCUGCAGCGAGCAGGAAUGCAGGAGAUGCUCCUGAAGCCACACAGCAAAAUCCAGGUCAUCGAAGGUGCCAAGAACAAUCUUCCAGACCCAGAGGCCCUGAAGGGAGCAGUUGCCAUCCAGGAGCUGGCUGAGGGCCUGAAUGCAGAUGACCUGCUCCUUGUGCUCAUCUCAGGGGGUGGAUCAGCCCUACUGCCUGCUCCCAUCCCUCCCAUCCUCCUCGAAGAGAAGGAGAAGCUCACAAAGAUGCUGGCUUCCCGAGGAGCUGCCAUACAGGAGCUGAAUGUUGUCCGGAAGACUCUGUCCUUGCUGAAGGGUGGAGGGCUGGCCCAGCUCGCCUAUCCCGCACAGGUGGUGAGCCUCAUCCUCUCUGAUGUGAUUGGUGACUCCCUGGACAUCAUAGCGAGUGGGCCCACUGCUGCCAGCUCCCACAGCGUGCAAGACUGCCUUCAGAUACUCGCCAAAUACAACCUCCUGCACAACCUGCCCAAGUCAGUGGAAACAGUCCUGUCCUGCUCUCCCACCAAGCCCAUUGCUCCGGAAGACUACUCCCACGUUUGCAACAUCAUCAUCGGUUCGAAUAUGCUGGCAUUAGACGAGGCCAAACGCCAAGCCGAGGGCCUGGGCUACGCAACUCUGAUUCUGAGCACAGCAAUCUGUGGGGAAGUCAGCCACGUCGCCAUGCUGUACUGCCAGCUGAUCUGGCUGGUCUGCCUGAGCUUUGCUGGCCUCGGAGAAGGACCCCUGAGUGAUAAGGUGAGGGGGAAUCUCCUGCAGCUGGCAGCAGAGCUAGAGAUCCCGGGUUUGAACCUUGCUGAGUUCCUGCAGGGCCUGCAAAUAUUAGGGCCUGGAAGACCAGUCUGCAUCCUGGCUGGUGGAGAAACCACCGUUCAGCUUCAAGGAACCGGCAAGGGAGGGAGGAACCAGGAGCUGGCCCUGCGCGUGGCGCUGGGGCUGCACAGGGCACAAGCUACGGAAGGCAGCAGCCCCCCAGGGAGGUGUGAGAUCAUCUUCCUCAGCGGGGGAACGGACGGGCAGGAUGGGCCAACAGAGGUGGCAGGGGCCUUCUGCAGCCCGGAGCUGGUGGAUGAGGCGCUGCAGGAGGGCCUCGAUGCAGAGGCCUUUCUCAGCAACAAUGACUCUUACACGUUCUUCAGCAAGUUCCAAGGUGGGCAUCACCUUCUGGUGACAGGCUUGACGGGUACCAAUGUCAUGGACAUCCAGGCCAUUUUAAUUAGAGCCACAGAGAGAUCAUGAGAGCUCCCUCUGCAGAUAAUCCAG